AUGUCAUCAGUGAACGGACUAGUGACGGACUGGGGGUUUAUCAUCGAUUUCUACCGCAAUCCAACAGAUCGCAACUUGCGCAUGCUGUUUUUCCCUACCACUGCAGACUACGAGUCAGGACACCUAAGACCUCCUAUCGACGGCCAGUGGUUUGAUAAGUAUUCUUUGCCCCGGCUGAGAAACGUUGAUAUCGGGAUCAAGGUGGACACCCGCCGGCCAAUGUUCUUGUCGUCCCUAAAUGACCAAGAGUAUGUGGCCGUAUGGAAAAACAUGAGCGCUAACAAGGAGAUGACCUGUCCCACAUGGGACGGCUGGAUGAAGCUGAACAAAUGGCAUAUGCUCACCUAG